AUGAAGGAGCGACGAAGGAGCUCACUUCCACGACAUGGGAAAGGAUCGUGGGAUGAGGAAAAGAAAGAAAAGUUGCAAGGUGAGGAGAUAUCGAGAGGUAGAAUAGGUGAAAUGAGUUCAAAGGAAUUAGUUAAGACACGCUUCUUUAGCACAGACCACAGAGUGAAGUUGGAAGGUGAAGCUGUGACGACUCGUGGAGUAGACAGCGAGCUCCGCUUGAACAGAAAGCAGCAAGCUGCAAGCACUACUCCAAAAGCAGUGAGCUCCACAACAAAAGCGAAGCGGGCCGCGGUAGCCUAUUAA